UGUCGGUGGAGCGGGCCGGCCGUGCGGACACCGUCGGGUCGCGGGCGCUCGCCGCGGGCCGCAGCUCGGCGCCGAGACCGCCAGCGCCGCGGCGUCCAGCAUGGACUUCGAGGACGAUUACAUACACUCUGCCUGCAGGAACACUUACCAGGGCUUUAACGGAAUGGAUCGUGAUUAUGGCCCUGGAUCUUACGGAGGACUGGAUCGUGACUAUGGCCAUGGAUCCUAUGGGGGUCAAAGAUCCAUGGAUUCCUACCUAACCCAGUCCUAUGGCAUGGACAGUCACAGUGGUGGUGGGGGUAGCAGGUUUGGACCUUAUGAGUCUUACGACUCCAGGUCUUCUCUGGGUGGGCGAGAUCUGUACAGAUCUGGCUAUGGUUUUAAUGAGCCCGAACAAAGCCGCUUCGGAGGUAGUUAUGGUGGUCGAUUUGAGAGCUCCUACCGGAAUAGCCUUGACUCUUUCGGAGGUAGAAACCAGGGCGGGUCUAGCUGGGAAGCACCUUACUCCCGUUCAGAAUUGAGGCCUGGGUUUAUGGAGGACAGAGGAAGAGAGAAUUACUCUUCCUACAGCGGUUUUUCUUCACCCCAUAUGAAGCCUGCACCUGUAGGCUCUCGGGGGAGAGGAACGCCUGCUUAUCCUGAAAGUACGUUUGGAAGCAGAAACUAUGAUGCUUUUGGAGGACCAUCAACAGGCAGAGGCCGAGGCCGAGGACAUAUGGGUGAUUAUGGAAGCAUUCAUAGACCUGGAAUUAUUAUUGACUAUCAAAACAAACCUACCAAUGUGACGAUUGCUACUGCAAGAGGAAUAAAAAGAAAAAUGAUGCAAAUAUUUAAUAAGCCUGGGGGAGCCUUUAUCAAGAAACCUAAGCUAGCAAAACCUAUGGAGAAGAUGAAACUCAGCAAAUCACCUACAAAAACUGAUCCUAAAAAUGAAGAAGAAGAAAAGCGGCGAAUUGAGGCUCGGCGAGAGAAGCAGAGACGUAGACGAGAGAAAAACAAUGAGAAAUAUGGAAGUGGAUACAGAAUGGCAUUCACGUGUUCAUUUUGUAAAUUUCGCACCUUUGAAGAAAAAGAUAUUGAACUGCAUCUGGAAAGUUCUUCACACCAGGAAACACUAACUCAUAUUCAGAAACGAACCAAAUUUGACAAAGUAGUUAUGGAGUUUUUACAUGAAUGUAUGGUGAAUAAAUUUAAAAAAGCGUCUAUUCGUAAGCAACAGACACUUAAUCACCCGGAAGCUUAUAAAAUAAUUGAAAAAGACAUUAUGGAAGGUGUCACUGCAGAUGACCAUAUGAUGAAAGUGGAGACUGUGCACUGUAGCGCCUGCAGCGUGUACAUCCCCGCUUUACACAGCUCAGUGCAGCAGCACCUCAAGUCUCCUGACCACAGCAAAGGCAAGCAGGCUUACAAGAAACAAAUAAAAAGAGAAAGCGUGCUGACUGCUAUAAGCAUCUUAAAUAACCCAAUAGUUAAGAAGCGGUAUAAACGCUUUGUUAAGGGAGAGAAUCCUUUUGAAACUCAAGAUUAUGCUCAGGAUCAGCAGAUAGAAGGAGAUGAAGAUGAUGAAGAGAAGAUUGACGAACCCAUUGAAGAGAAGGAGGAUGAGGAGGAUGACGAUGAAGAUGACGAUGAGGAGGAAGAGGAGGAGGAUGAAGAAGUAGAGGAAGGGGGAGAGGCAGAAGAGGUGGAGGAAGCAGAGGAAGAGGCCGAAGCUGAAGUAGCAGAGGGAGAGGCAGAGGGAGAGGCUGAGGAAGAGGCUGAGGAAGAGGCUGAGGGAGAGGCGGAGGUAGAGGCUGAGGUAGAGGCUGAGGGAGAGGCUGAGGGAGAGGCGGAGGUUGAGGCAGAGGUUGAGGCAGAGGGGGAGACGGAGGUUGAGGUGGAGGAGGAGGCGGAUAUGCAGGGGGAGGAGGGCACAGCAGCAGCAGGGGAAGGUGAGGCAGAGGGAGAAGCAGAGGCAGCAGGGGAUGCGGCAGGAGAGGAGGAGGGCUGAGGGGUGGGAGUAGUCAGACGCAGGCACACGGGCACAGGAGCUUGACCUCCACUGAUAGCGUGUGAACUGACACCGUGCUGCAUGCGUUCCACAUGCUAAAGUUGGUUUUAUAUAAUUUCUAAAUGUUUGGCACUUGUUUAAUAAAGUAAAGUUAAGGUGAUUUCAGCUUAGUUUUUAAUAGAUACCAAACUUAGAUGUGAUAAGUUGUUUGUAUGAUCUUUAUUACCUUAUUGGUAUUCAGGAUGCUAGAUGUAUGUUGUUCCUCUGUUGUAAUCAUUUGAACUUAAAUGCUGCUCUUGGAAGUAAGCCUUAAGAGUGCGUUCAGUUUUUCAAUAUUUACUCUAGAUUGAUUGGACAAUUGCUCUGUCCUGAUGGUGUAUUUCUUAUUUUCACAUGGACUAGCAGUUAGCAUUAAGACGGCUUCAAGGCUUUUGUGUACAGUUCCCUUUGUAGCAAUAAAAUGUUUUCUCUCUUUUUUUUUUUUUUAAACAAAAUCUUUUUCCUUUGAUUGCAGGUUAAACAUUUCACCAAUUAAAUGAGUAUUUAAAAAAUCAAUAUCUGCCUUAAUGUAUGAGUUUAGCUCACAAGUAUUUCAAGUGAUUGAGAAGACUUGAAUUAAACAUUUUUCCUCAAUCAUAUUUUUAAAAAGUGUGACUACUGUAUAUUUUCUAACACAUUUCAGAGGUCAGUCUGUAACUGACCUUGUUUAUACUAGCUUUAGUGUGUUCUUGUCUCUGUAUCUAUGUCGGACCUUGGAACCUUCCAGAAAAUACAGUUUAAUAUAAAUAA